UCCUGUGGCUCAAGCCUGCAGAGUUUUCCCGUCCUGUGUCAGGAUAACAUCGUAAACGAGGACCACCUGACGGUAAGACCGGACUAAAUGGAAGCAGCGGAGGAAACUCUCACUUACCUAGAUGACACCGGACUUCACAGGAAGCUGCUCCCAGAGGACAAAGAUAAGGACAACACGGACAGUAGAGGCCAGACCACCGAGACAAAAAGCGACGAGUCCAACUAUGUGGAUCUGGACAUGAAACCGGACGGGGCAAGAACAGUGAAGGUUACUUUCACUGGCGAGGGGAACCAGCUCUCCGUUAUCAAAUACGACAGCUCCAAGCAGGGGACGGAGGACAAGCGGGCCUCCGUCUCCGCGCCUGUCUCGGGUGAGCCUCCACUGGAAACUCUGACCAAACUUCCCAACACUGAUCCGGGCUCAGAGAAUGACAAGCUGCUCCAGGCCGAGCUCGCCCCGAGUGACUGCAGCGAGCAUGUGUGCAGUGAGAGUGAUGAGCUCCAGUACACGGACAUGUAUCUGAACAGCAAAACGGAGUCUGAUGACGGGGUGCUGUCCGACCACUGCGGCUCCGACACCGUGGAGGACGAGUCUCACUAUAUCACCACGCACGAAAUCCAGUUGACCGAGCUCGACCACGACGUAGAUUACGACCUGGGGCGAGGGACCUGUUGGGAUUUUGAAGACGACAACCUGGUCUAUUCCUUUGUGGAUUACGCCUCUUUUGAGAGCGAUGAAACGCAGGAGGGGACUUUGAUACUGGAGGGCAGGAGCCAGGCGAAAGUGCAGUCUAAUCUCGGUGGAGCAGUUGUCAGCACCGAGCAGGAGGAGGAGAGUGAUCUUUGUGACUCGGACAAAUGCGCCAGUUCAGAUGAGAGCGUGUGCAAAAACCAAAUUUGCGGGGACGAAAAUACGGGGAAAAUUCAUCUAUCAAUAAAAACCUCCUCCAGAGCGGUGAACGAGCCCGUCGGUAUCCCUGACAACAGCACCUGUAGUUACACGAAACACUUUGGAGACAGGAGCCACUUCUCUUUUGUGAGCUCUGGCGCCAGAGCGGGGCCCUCGGGCGAUAGAGCCCAAUAUUUCAUCCCUGCUCCGGGCCGUCAGCACCUUGCAACCAAACUGAGACGGAAAGAUAUUAAUGAGUAUUCCAGCGGAGCGUCCAGCUCCAUCAGUGAGCUAGAUGACGCUGAUAAAGAGGUGCGUAAUUUAACCGCCAAGUCUUUCCGGAGCUUGGCAUGUCCAUACUUCGAUACCAUCAAUCUUAGCACCUCUAGCGAGUCCUCUAUGUCGGAAUAUGGGCUGAAUAAGUGGUCAGCCUAUGUGGACUGGAAUUAUGGAAACAUAUCGCGGGGAAGAGAGCGGAGCGUAAUUGCGCACAAGACUUCGAGCGCAAGACUGGAAAUGAAUAAGACUGUGGAAAGUAAGAGGCAUGGUAAGUCCGCAUUGAACAAGAGAACAACUUCUCAACAGUCUUCCUCCUCGAGCAAAAAGGUCGAACUGAAAGAUCCAGUUCAGCAAAAGCAGCGUGGAGUGACGCUGAAUUUCCGCUGCAACGUCGAAGCACCCGAAGGAACCAGGCGUCCAAAAUGCUCCAAGAACACGCGAUCCAACGAGGUUACUGGGAGAUCAGGAAGUGAGAUGCAAUCUCAUCACACAGACAGCAUGGGGGACACACACAAGAGGGCAAUUUUUGCAUCAAGUCUGUUGAAAAAUGUGAUUUCCAAAAAGAUGCAGUUUGAACAGGAGCGCAAAAUGGAAAGGGGUGAACUUUGUGACACAUACCCAGCACUCUCCCCAGAUAGGGGUCUGGGAAGAGGCUUGCAAAGACAAACCUCAGAAUCAGGCUCAGGAUUCACUGUUAAUUCUGCUGAUGACCAACACCUGGAGGGCAGCAGACCCAGUUCUUAUGAGCCGGCAGAGGAGCAGAAAAGCAACAAAGCACCGGAUGACUCAGAAAAGGGACAACAUGAGCCUCCAAAAGCAGCGCUCAGCCACAGCCAGAGUAGUGCAUUUAAUUCAUUGAAAGUAGAUGAGCCAGAACCUGUAAAGGAGGCUGAGCACACAGCUGCAAGUGACGCACAGACUACAGCAAAGGAAGAUUUAGACACCAGCAGCAUGCUGACAAAACUGGUUUUUGUUCCGAGCUGCCGUCUUCUUUCAAAAGAGAAGGAUUUUACAGAAGACUUAGCAAGCCACACACCUGUCACAGACACACCUGCUGUCCCACAGAAGAGUGAAAAAGAGUUCAAAACAGGCAAUAAUGGAAAAAUAAUAGAGAAAGAAGAAAACGAGAAAGGGGGGAAAACACCUGAGAUAAAAAUAUGCCUGAGAAGUGUGAAAGAAAAUAAAGGCUGUACACUGAAUAUUGCCAACCUGUUAACCCCUAAAAUAAGUUACAACACUGUUAACACAUUCAGGGCAGCAGGUGAUGCUAAAUACCACAUUUUAUCUGCAACAGAUAAAAUCCCCAACUUCACAGUUAGAGACAUAAGGGACACCAAAUGCCAAAAACACCAAAAGUUUCAAACACCAAUAUAUCAUGUCAGGGAUGUGCGUAAAUUAGUAAAAAGCUCAUACCUGGGUAAUAGUGACAGUAAAUGUUCCACAGCAGCUGAAAAACCUGAGGAAAAGGCCAAAAAGGAGCCGGUUAAACAUGUAUUACCAUCUCCCAUCGUGAUUAAAUGCCACUCUGUUAAAACAAAUGUUAAAUCACAGAAACAAGAAGAGGAAGGUGUCCCAUCUGAAACAUCCCAAAGUGAAAAUGCACCACCACACUGUAUGACUAGCAUGGUGCCACCUAUUGUAUCCAAACAGCUACACCCUGACCAAUCAGAAACCCAACCAAACACUGAAACCAAGCUGACAAAACAGAGGCAGGACAAGUUCACAGGUGAGACAGUCGAGAGGAGAAAUGAGCCUACUGUACCAAAACAAGCUGCGCUAGAGAAGCUUAAAGCUGCAGUCAAAACAAUGGAGCAGCUUUAUGUUUUUGAUAGAAAUGAAUGGAAGCGUAAAACUCAAGCUCCUCAACCCAUCAGAGACAGCCACGUGCUUUCACUUAUUGCCAGGGAGGAGCAGGGAGCAGACGAGCUGGAGACAGCAAACACUGACAGGAUUCCACGGUCUCUGAUAAAUAGCACAGAAACAGGCAGACCACAGGAAGGGAAAGGUACUGUGAAUAUUGUACAUGUCCCGUAUAACGAUGACACUUUUAAAACACAAUCACAGCAAAGUAAAACAUUUAGUAACAGAAGUGUCCUUCAUUUUGGCAACAGCAGUAAGGCUCAUGUCAGCAUUAGUUCAGUUAGUAACUCUGUUCUACAAAGCCCCGCGCUGCAAACACCAUCGACUAUGAAAAGCUCCAAGACACCGGCGACUCCACUGUCAGUGAAAAUAGAGCCUCCGAAACACGGCCAGGUGGAGCAGGGAAAGGUCAAAAUCAGUGCCAGUAAUCCCACUGUCACACAGGGCUGCUCAGACUCGGAGAACUAUUUAACCAUACCAGGCCUGGGGUAUACAAACGAAAUCAAACUGCUGAAUCGAGAGCCUGUGUCGAGGGAGGGGAAUUCAAAUGUCAGUCAAGCCCAGACAAGUGACAGCAAGAUGCCUGAGCAGAAAAGGUCUCCGUUAAUCCUGGAGUACCCGGCUACAAGCAUCUACCAUCACUCAGCAGCAGCAGCAACAACAAGGCCACAAACCCAGCAGCAGGUGUUGUGCUUCUCUCCCACUGUGUCACCUACCUCUCCUACUGGAGAGACAGUCCCACAAACCCAGCGCAAGAUGCUUUUGGACCCCACCACAGGACACUAUUACCUGGUCGACACUCCCAUACAGGCCACCACUAAGCGACUGUUUGACCCUGAGACAGGCCAGUAUGUGGAUGUGCCCAUGCCACAUUCACCUGUGGCACCCAUCGCCCCUGUUCCUCCAGUGCCUCUCUCUUUGUCCCCACUGACACUGAGCCCUGGAGCGUACGCCCCCACCUACAUGAUCUACCCAAGCUUCAUCCCCUCACCCACCCUCCCAGCUCAGGCGGUGUUUCCACAGUCUCCAUGCCACGCUGAGGAUGCAGGUGGAGACAAGGUAAAAAAUGCCAAAAGCCCAAGGCUGGAAAGUAACACAACAGGUGCAGAGAGUGCAUAUUACAGUGCAACAGGCGAGGCUCCGCAUCUACCUGUGAGUUUGGGACAUGUGACCAGCAGAGGAAGUGCAGCAAGCUCCGAGAGGAAGCCGGUUAUCAGCAUCACGACACAACAAGGUCCAAGAAUCAUCGCCCCGCCUUCCUUUGACGGAACAACAAUGAGUUUUGUAGUGGAGCAUCGGUGACCAAGAAAAUAUCUCAUCAUACAUACAUCUCCCUUGAAGAAUCUUCAUUCACCGUAAGUGCAGUUUUCACCCAUCACUCCACCCUGUGCUCCCCCGGACAACUUCCAACAAUAACAAUUUCUACCCCCACUCCGUUGUGUUGUUUAUCCUUGCAGCAGACAUUACUGUAUUCUCUAUGCAUUGCAGCACUUUGUAGGGUAAACGCAUUUGGCCACGUCCUCUGGCUAAUGCUCUGCCAUGUUGCUAUAUGAAUCAGCUUUGUAAUACUUUCCAUUCAGCUGCUGUCAUGAACACUUAUCUCUGUUGAAAUGCUGUUUGGGCCCUGCACCAUGUCUAUUCAAAAGGAAACAAGGCAGGUCUUCUAUUACAGUUGAGUGCUACUCAUCCAUUUUAUUACUGAGUUUAAUGUUAGCAUGUCUUUAAAGCAAGUCUAUGUAACUUUUGAAAAGAAAAAAAAACAUUUUCCUUUUACCAAUGAAAAGUUCAACUCAUAAGCAAUGACGUGCAACCUUGCU